GAUAGCCCUGGCGGUGCAUGGGGGGUUCUGUUCAGGGUCCCCCCAGUUCCGCCAGCUCCUGGGAUGCACAGUGAAAGAGGGCAGGGUUCCCCCCCACCAACCCAGCCCCAUAUUUUGGGUGGUUUGCAGGUGAGGGUGAGACAGAGAUUGGUGAAGAUGGACGCCCCCAGAGGACUGUGGGAAGCGUGGAAGCUGCACCCCAAUCCUGCACUCCAAGAGGAGGACCAGGAGCCCCACAUGCUACAAGAUCUCACACAUCCCCAGGGGUCUCUGCCUAGCUCGGAGAGGCGUGAGCGGCAGCGGGGCAGGGCUGACCCGCCCUGGGAGCCUGGCAUCCAGGCGCCAGUGACGUUCGAAGAGGUGGCCGUGUAUUUCACCGAGGAGGAGUGGCGUCUCCUGGACGAAGGGCAGAGGCGGCUCUACAGGGAUGUCAUGCUGGAGAACUACACCAACGUCAGCUUCCUGGUCCCUCCGGUCUGGUCUGGAGUCUCACUUGAUCUUCUCCCCCGGCUGGCAGGAUUCCCGGUCCCCAAACCGGCCGUGAUCUCCCGGAUGGAGCGAGGGGAGGCGCCGUGCGUCCCGGAUCUCCAAGGCUCUGAGGGGAGGGAGAUCCCAGCAGGUGCCGGGACGGGGAGUGAGAAUCCCCAGCAGAGAGUGUAUCUGUGCGGGACUUUCCCCUGGAGAUCCCAAGAGGACGGAUCCCAGAAUCCUUCGGGAGCAGCUCAGUGCAGGGUGUUCCCACAGGGAUCCCAAGAGGACGUAUCCCAGAAUCCUUUGGGAGCGGAUCUGCGCGGGCCGUUUUCAGGGCGAUCCAAAGAGGACAUAUCCCAGCAUCCCUUGAGAGGGGAUCCACACAGGCCGUCCUCCACCCCGCGGCCCAGAAGGGCCCAUCCAGGGGCAGGAGCAGGGGGCCGGCUGGGGCUGCCCGGGGCCCCCCGACGCGGGGAGCGGCCCACCAUCUGCGGCGAGUGCGGGAAGGGCUUCCUGCAGAACUCGGAUCUGGUGAAGCACCUUCGCACCCACACGGGCGAGCGGCCCUACAAGUGCGCCCAGUGCGGGAAAAGCUUCACCCAGAGCUCGGCCCUGACCCAGCACCGCCGCACCCACACGGGCGAGCGCCCCUACCCCUGCUCCCAGUGCGGGAAGUGCUUCACCGAGAGCUCCACCCUGGCCCAGCACCGGCGCAUCCACACCGGCGAACGGCCCUACCGCUGCCACCAAUGCGGCAAAGCCUUCAGCCUCAGCUCCACCCUGAAGAAGCACCAGCGCACCCACACCGGCGAGCGGCCCUACAUGUGCGAGGCGUGCGGGAAGAGCUUCGGGGAGAGCUCCCACCUGGCCAACCACCAGCGCGUCCACACCGGGGAGCGGCCCUACCGGUGCAAGGAGUGCGGCCGAGGCUUCAACCACACCUCCACCCUCUUCAAGCACCAGCGCACGCACACGGGCGAGCGGCCCUACCGCUGCGGGGACUGCGGCAAGGCCUUCAGCUGGACCACGGCCCUCAAGCAGCACCAGCGGAUCCACACGGGUGCCAAGCCGUACCGGUGUGGGGAGUGCGGCAAGACCUUCAGCUGGAGCUCCACCCUCAACCAGCACCGGCAGGUGCACUCCGGGGAGAAGCCCCAUGUCUGCCCCGAGUGCGGCCGCGCCUUCGCCCGCAGCUCCCACCUGGCGCAGCACCGGCUGGUGCACUCCGGGGAGAAGCCAUUCAAAUGCGGGCAGUGCCAGCGGAGCUUCAUCCAGAACGCCCACCUGGUGUCCCACCGCCGGCUGCACGCCGCCCCCGCCGGGACGCCCCACGGCAUGGAGGAGGGCCCUGGGGACCGGGGCCUGGUUCAGCUCCAAACUGGGGAUGUGUGUGGGGGUGUCUCCCCAGCAGGGGUGGUCUUCUAUAGGAGGAUGGCUCUAGAGCAGACCCCAGGGCUCAGAUUGGAUUUUGGUGCAGGACUGGUCAGGGACAGGGAUUUGGGGUACCCCCUUUGCUGCAUCCACAACCUUCUCUGCCCCAGUUCAGAAAGCCCGUCUGGAUUCUCUCUCUCUGUCCCGGCAGGUGAUGGUGAAAGCCUGGGAUUGGAUCCGGCACAGAAAGAUCUGGAGAAGGCUGAACUGCACCAGCUCUUACCGAUAGCGGACGUCCCCCAAGUAGAGCUGGGUGGGGUGCUGUCUGGAGGACCUGAAGGAACCCUUCCCCAAGCGGAUCUGCUUAGGACGGUCUCUGGAAGAUCUGAAAGAGACGUUCCCCUACUGGAUCUGUGUGAGAUGUUCUCUGGAGGAUCUGACGGGGAUGUUCCCCAUAUUGAUCUGCUUGGGGUACCCUCAGGAGAACCUGCAGGGGAUGUUUCCCAGGUGGAUCUGCAUGGGAUGCCCUCAGGAGGAUCUGAAGAGGAUGUUCCCCAUAUUGAUCUGCGUGGGGUACCCUCAGGAGAACCUGCAGGGGAUGUUUCCCAGGUGGAUCUGCAUGGGAUGCCCUCAGGAGGAUCUGAAGAGGAUGUUCCCCAUAUUGAUCUGCGUGGGGUACCCUCAGGAGAACCUGCAGGGGACAUUCCCCAGGUGGAUCUGCAUGGGAUGCCCUCAGGAGGAUCUGAAGAGGAUGUUCCCCAAGCGGAUCUGCAGGGGACGUUCUCUGGAGGAUGGGAAGGGGUGGACAUGCAGCAGCGGGGGGACCCUCCAGUGAGGAGCCAGGGGAAGCCAGCCCAGCAUGGCAGCCUCCCGGCCCCGGCCCCGGAGAAACCUUACAAGUGCUCGGUGUGCGAUAAAAGCUUUGGGCAGAGCUCCCACCUCAUCCAGCACCAGGUGUCGCACACGGGCGAAAAGCCUUACAAAUGUCCCGAGUGUGGCAAAGGCUUCACCUGGAGCUCAGCACUGGCCCAGCACCGGCGCAUCCACCGCGGCGAGAGACCUUUCGUCUGCCCGGACUGCGGCAAAAGCUUCAGCCAGAGCUCCAACCUGAGCACCCACCGGCGCACCCACACGGGCGAGAAGCCGUUCGUCUGCCCGGACUGCGGGCGCGGCUUCAGCCAGAACUCCAACCUCGCAUCCCACCGGCGCACCCACACCGGCGAGCGCCACUACCGCUGCUACGACUGCGGGCGGGGCUUCUUGGAGCGGGCGGCGCUGGCUGAGCACCAGCAGGGCCAUGCCGGGCAUCGGCCCUACACCUGCGGGCAGUGCGGCAAAGCCUUCGGGCAGAGCGCCAAGCUGGCCCAGCACCAGCGCAUCCACACCGGCGAGCGGCCCUUCCGGUGCGAGGAGUGCGGCAAAGGCUUCAACGACGGCUCCUACCUGGUCAAGCACCGGCGGGUCCACACCGGCGAAAAGCGCUACCGCUGCCCAGUGUGUGGCAAAACCUUCAGCCAGACCUCUAACCUCAUCACCCACCAGACCACCCAUACUGGAGAAAAGCCUUUCCGGUGUGGGGACUGCGGGCGUAGCUUCAUCCGCCGGGCUCACCUGGCUGCCCAUCGGCGCACUCACACCGGUGAGCGGCCGUACCAGUGCGCCCAGUGCGGGAGGUGCUUCUCCCAGCGCUCCACCUAUGCCCAGCACCGCCGCACCCACACCGGCGAGCGGCCUUACUGCUGCCCCGACUGUGGCCGGGGAUUCAGCCAGAACUCCAACCUGGUGGCUCACCGGCGCAUCCACACCGGCGAACGGCCCUACCAGUGUGGCCAGUGCGGCCGGCGCUUUGUCCAGAGCUCUGCCUUCACCCAGCACCAGAAGACCCACAAGAAAGGGCAGGACAGGCGCCGAGUCCUCCAGCUGGCUAGAAAAUUGCCGGGCUGGGAGCCGCACAGCCCCGUGCAGGGGGAAUUUAAUAACAAAGGCAACUUCCUGUUCCCAGCCUGCCCGGCUGUGCACAGCGGCUGGGGCGGGGGCAGGGGGGGGCCGGUCCCCAGCACCGAAAUCCCCCUCCAAAGGGGGGGGGAGGGGAUUGCAAAGGGAGCCGGGGUGCCGGGGGCUGCGAUGGAGGAGUGGGCUCUGCUGGAUGAGAGGCAGAGGGAGCUCUACCGGGACGUCAUGCAGGAGAACUAUGGGGACGCCAUUUCACUGGGAUUUCCCGUCCCCAAACCGGCUGUGAUCUCCUGGAUGGAGCGCGAGGAAGAGCCAUGCGUCCCGGAUCUCCGGGGCUCCGAGGAACAGGAGAUCCCAGCAGGUGACGGGACGGCGAGCGACAACGAGGAAGAGGAGGUGGCAGAGCCUCCCCAGCAGGAGGAAGAGCCUCCGGGGCCGGAUGCCCCCAACCGCCCCGACUGGGCCGAAGCCUGCGAGAGCUUGUGCCGGCCCCCGCAGCGGGGGGGCCGCUGGGGCCCGUACGCCCGGCGGCGGCGGGUCAGCACUGCCCCCCGGGCCGAACCACGCUUCUUCGACUGCCCCGACUGCGGGAAACGCUUCACGCUCAGCUCCCACCUCAUCCGGCACCAGCGGGUGCACACGGGCGAGCGCCCCUUCGCCUGCGGGGUGUGCGGGAAGAGCUUCUCGCAGCGCUCGGACCUGGGCCGCCACCAGCGCACCCACACGGGCGAGAAGCUCUACCGCUGCACCCAGUGCCAGAAGAGCUUCAGCGAGAGCUCCCACCUCAUCCGCCACCAGAUCAUCCACUCCGGUGAGAAGCCCUUCAAGUGCAACGUCUGCGGCAAGAGUUACGGGGACAGCUCCUACCUGGCCGUCCACCAGCGGGCCCACACCGGCGCCCGUCCCUACCGCUGCCCCCUCUGCGGCAAAAGCUUUGGACGCAGCUCCACCCUCAUCCGCCACCAGCGCGUCCACGCGGGCGACGGGACGCCGGCGGAGGGCCAGCCCGCCCUGCCCGUGCCCCCGCCAGCCCCCCGGCCCAACGCCCGGCACCUCCGGAUAGUGGGGUGGCAGUGGGGGGUGGAGUGAAGGGGGCGGGGUGGGUGGGGAGAGGUGGGGGGCUUAGGGAGCGGUCGGUCGCUGUGGCGGGGUUGGUUACCAUGGUGACUACGGAGGGGAUCAGUGGGUUGGUUACCCUGGGGAUUGGUCACUACGGAGGGGAUUGGUGGGUUGGUUACCGCAGUGGUUGGUCACUAUGGAGGGGAUUGGUGGGGUGGUUGCCAUGGGGUGGUUGAUAACUAGGGAGCAGAUUGGUGGGUUGGUCACCGCAGUGGUUGAUCGCUAGGGAGGGGAUUGGUGGGUUGGUACCAUAGCGAUUAUAGGGAGGGGAUUGGUGGGUUGGUUACCGCAGUGGUUGGUCACUAAGGAGGGGAUUGGUGGGGUGGUUGCCAUGGGGUGGUUGCUAACUAGAGAGCAGAUCGGUGGGUUGGUCACCGCGGUGGUUGAUUGCUAGGGAGGGGAUUGGUGGGUUGGUACCAUAGCGAUUAUAGGGAGGGGAUUGGUAUGUUGGUUACUGCAGUGAUUAGUCACUAGGGUGGGGGUCGGUGGUGCAGUUACCAUGCUGACUGACCACUAACAGCGACUGAUGGGUUGGUUCCCAUGGUGGUUAGUUGCUAGAGAGAGAAUUGCUAAUUCGGUUAGUAAGGAUGAUGGGUCACUCUUGAGAGAGGGAGGGAAUUGGUGGUUUGAUUACUAGGGUGAUUGUUGCUAAGGAGUUGAUUGGCAGUUCGGUUACUAGGGCUACUGGUCACUAGGGAGCGAGUGGAUUGAUGGUCUGUUUACUAGGUGUGAAAUAUUGUUUGGUGGGGGGUGUUUGAGGCUCAAGGGGAUUAAAUUUGGGUGACGGGGGACAGAUUUUGGUACUCCCCAAACCUUUGUAGCAUUUAAUGAUGGUGCCCAGUGGGUUCAUACCCAGGAACCCCCCUAAUCCCAGCUCACCAGGAACCCCACCAUCACUACAGCCCACUUCCUAGUGCCCAACACAUGGGGCACCCCAUUCCUUCAGAUCUCCCUGUCUCUGGGCCUCUGCUUGGUUCAGAGGGGAGGGAGGUGGAUUGACAGCCUCGGGACAUGGGGGGCGCAUGAGGCAGGAUAGACUGACACCCCCUCACUGGGGGUAGCGUCUGCAGCAUUCGCCCAUUUCAGAACCAGAUGCCAGGACGGAAUAGGAACAGACGUUUCAUCAGGGAGACGGGGCUGCCGGGUGCCUGGGUGAAUCUUGUCCCUGGAGCACUGAGACGCCGCGGACUCCACACGGCAACGGGGAAAUGGAUGAAAACAAAUAUUUUCUACUUAGAGAGUCAGUGGGGCCAGAUCUCCAGCUGGGGUCACUCAGCUGCAGCUCCAUUGGGGUCAGUGACACCAGGGCCCCAAUUGGCCAUGACUCCAGUGGGGUCAAUGGGCCAGAUCUCCAAGAGGUGUCAUUCGGCCGUCGCUGUCUCGGAGUCAACAGUGCAAGGCUGGUUGACGGCAGCUGGCCAUGUAUCCUGGAAGUUCUCAGAUCUUGUGACACUAUAACACAACUGACCUUUAUAUUUAUUGACGGUUCCUGUCCCCAUCCCCUCAGCGUGCCCUAGGUUUGUCUAACUUAGAUUGUAAGCUUACUGGGGAAGGAACCUUUUUUUUUUUAAGACCUCUGUACGAGCACCGUGCAUAGCCACGGGGCUGCAGAAAUGUUUAAUAAUAAUAAUAAUAAUAAAAACCUAAUGAGGAGUCAUCUCACAGCACCUCCA